AUGUUAAAGAAGAAGUCUAGUUUGGGUCGUCAAAAAAUUCCUAUUGAAAAAAUACCUAAGAAAAGUCAUUUACAAGUUACAUUUUCUAAACGCCGAUCAGGGUUGUUCAAAAAAGCUAGCGAGCUUUGCACUCUAUGUGGUGUGGAGAUUGCAAUCGUAGUUUUUUCUCCGGCUGAUAAAGCAUUCUCAUUCGGUCAUCCUGAAGUUGAGUCCAUCGUUGAUCGUUAUCUGAGUCGUAAUCUUCCACAAGAAUCUAGCACCCUCCAACUUGUCGAGGCUCAUAGAAAUGCCAAUGUUCGCGAUCUGAACGCGCAACUAACUCAACUUCUAAGCCAUCUUGAGAUUGAAAAGAAGCAAGGAGAGGAGAUAGAUCAUGUGAGGAAAGCUAGACAGGUGCAAAACUGGUGGGAAAAUGCUAUUGAUGAACUUGGCUUGAAUGAAUUGGUCCAAUUAAAGGUUUCUAUCGAAGACCUAAAGAAAAACAUCGGAAAAAUUGCUAACAAAUGCAUGAUAGAACAAUCUAAUAUGUUUUCAUCAAAUAUUGGUGCUAAUGGAUUUGGACGUUACAAUACCUUUGAGAACAAAUCAGGUGGGGGAAUUAAUAUGGCUUCUACACUUCCUAAUACCUAUAAUUAUCUUGGUUUUCGACAUGGAUAUCUUUGA